AUGGACGUCCGAACGGCAGCAGGGCAGCUGGCGGCCAACUUCUUUGUGGCCACCCCGGCCCGUGUUCUCUUCGAGCGUGCCGCGCGGGAUCGUCCCUUCAUUCGCGCCUUCAUCAAAAGCCGGAUAGCAGACGCUUCGAGGAUCACCGGCAUUCGAGGAGAAUCUUCACAACACUCAUUUUUCACUCCUUUCACAUCAAUUUUGAGCGUCCUCACGGGCGGCGGUGCAGACGCGACCAACGGUCUGCUCCACGUCGCUCACGCCAGCUUGUGGACCAUCAGCGUCCCCUUCAUCCAGUCUUCCAUCAUAGAAUCCGCUAAAGACUUACUGUUCGGGGGCUACACACUGUACGGGCGGGUGCGGGAGGCGCUCAACCCCGACUUCAGGCCGUCCCUCUACGCCGAGAUAAUGCGACCAGUCACCUUCGCCGCCAAGACCGUCGCCUAUGCUGCGAGCUUUCCGUUCUUCUUGUGCGCGUACGGGGUGCGCAACAACAAGCCCGAGCACUGGAACAAGAUCCCGGCCUCGUUCCUGCCCUCGCGUAAGAAGGCCAUCCCGGCCAUGACCCUGCCGCUCUUCGUCCUGAUCGCCCACCUCAACGCCCACCUCCUUGCCGCCGGUGGCCUGCGCGACCUCUUCUUCCGACUCCGCGUGCGACUGCUUCCGUCGACCGUGACCCACGACCAGGCCCUGUCUCCGCUGGCACAGCAGUUCCUGCGCCACGUCGAGGACUUGGCCCUGUGCCUGGCCGCCGGUGCCAUAACGGUGCCGCUCGAGGUGUUGCUGUGCACAAUGCUGGCGACGCGGGCAGGCUUGGCCUCGUCGGUCUCGGCCAUCUGGAAGGAGAAGGGCCUCAGCGGCUUCUUCAGCGGCUUUGGCUGGUAUCUGCUGGCCCAGUACCUUACCACCUGGUGA